AUGUUACGUGAGGAAGCAGCUCAGAAGAGGAAAGAAAAGGAUCCAAGCAUGGUUCUUCCUCAGGGACACUUGACUUUUAGGGAUGUGGGUAUAGAAUUCUCUUUGGAGGAGUGGAAAUGCCUGGACCCUGCGCCGAGGGCUUUAUACAGGGCCGUGAUGUUGGAGAACUACAGGAACCUGCAUUCUGUGGAUAUCUCUUCCAAAUGCAUGCUGAAGAAGUUCUCGUCAACAGGGCAAGGCAAUACAGAAGUGGACACAGGGACACUAGAAAGACAUGAAAGUCAUCACAUUGGAGAUUCUUGCUUCCAGAAAAUUGGGAAAGAUAUUCACGACUUUGAGUUUCAGUGGCAAGAAGAUGAAAGAAAUAGCCAUGAAGCAACCAUGACAAAAAUCAAAAAGUUAACUGGUAGCACAGACGGAUAUGAUCGAAGGCAUCCUGGAAACAAGCCUAUUAAAGAUCAGCUUGGAUUAAGCUUUCAUUCGCAUCUUCCUGAACUCCAUAUAUUUCAGACCGAAGGGAAAGUUGGUAAUCAAGUUGAGAAGUCUAUCAACAAUGCUUCCUCAGUUCCAACAUCCCAAAGAAUUUCUUCUAGGCCCAAAAUCCAUAUUUCUAAUAAUUAUGAAAAUAAUUUCCUCCAUUCGUCAUUACUCACACAAAAACAGGAAGUGCACAUGAGAGAAAAAUCUUUCCAAUGUAAUGAGAGUGGCAAAGCCUUUAAUUGUAGCUCACUCUUAAGGAAACAUCAGAUAAUCUAUUUAGGAGGGAAACAAUAUAAAUGUGAUGUAUGUGGCAAGGUCUUUAAUCAGAAGCAAUACCUUUCAUGCCAUCAUAGAUGUCACACUGGUGAGAAACCUUACAAGUGUAAUGAAUGUGGCAAGGUUUUUAAUCAACAAUCAAACCUUGCAAGUCAUCAUAGACUUCAUACUGGAGAGAAACCUUACAAAUGUGAAGAAUGUGACAAAGUUUUUAGUCGCAAAUCAAAUCUUGAAAGACAUAGGAGAAUUCAUACUGGAGAGAAACCAUACAAAUGUAAGGUUUGUGACAAGGCUUUCAGGCGUGAUUCACACCUGGCACAACACACUAGAAUUCACACUGGAGAGAAACCUUACAAGUGUAAUGAGUGUGGCAAAGCCUUUAGUGGGCAGUCAACACUUAUUCACCAUCAAGCAAUCCAUGGUAUAGGGAAACUUUAUAGUAAUGAUUGUCACAAAGUCUUCAGUAAUGCUACAACCAUUGCAAGUCAUUGGAGAAUCCAUAAUGAAGAGAGAUCUUACAAGUGUAAUAAAUGUGGCAAAUUUUUUAGACGUCGUUCAUAUCUCGUAGUUCAUUGGCGAACUCAUACUGGAGAGAAACCUUACAAGUGUAAUGAGUGUGGCAAGACCUUCAGUCAGACGUCAUCCCUUGUAUGUCAUCAUAGACUUCAUACUGGAGAGAAACCUUACAAGUGUAAUGAGUGUGGCAAGACCUUCCAUCACAAUUCAGCCCUUGUAAUUCAUAAGGCAAUUCAUACUGGAGAGAAACCUUACAAGUGUAAUGAAUGUUGCAAUGUUUUUAAUCAACAGGCAACCCUUGCAUGUCAUCAUAGACUUCAUACUGGAGAGAAACCUUACAAAUGUGAAGAAUGUGACAAAGUUUUCAGUCGCAAAUCACACCUAGAAACACAUAAGAGAAUUCAUACUGGAGAGAAACCUUACAAAUAGAAACCUUACAAAUGUGAUGAUUUUGACGAGGCCUUCAGUCAAGCUUCAUCUUAUGCAAAACAUAGGAUAAUUCAUAUGGGAGAGAAACAUCACAAGUGUGAUGAUUGUGGCAAAGCCUUUACUUCACAUUCACAUCUCAUUAGACAUCAGAGAAUCCAUACUGGACAGAAAUCUUACAAAUGUCAUUAGCAUGGCAAGGUCUUCAGUUAG